AAGGAGCGGAGGGCACCGCCCCCCGCCAGGCCGGCCCCGCCAGGCAGCGCGUCCUUCGCGGCAGGGCCUCGCCCGCCACCCCUCGGAGUGUGCCGGGGGACGGACGGAGGCGGCAGGCCGCCGCCGCCAGGUUGAUGUAAAAACCUGAUUCUUCCUUAAAGACCUUUAGAAUUAUGUACAUUUGCAAAAAGAAGUUCAAGAUUUUCCUGUAUUUUGCAUGCCUCCUCUGAAAAGCUGCUGAUGUAAAAGCUUUGUGUGGAUCUCGACUACAGGACUUGGUGUCCCUACUCACUUGUGCUCCUCCGUCUCUUGCUGUGGCACCGUAUUUUGUUGUUCAGCAUUUCCCUGGACAAUGGUGCUGUGUUUUCUGAGCAGAACAUUGCAACUAGCAAGUCAUUUAUCCAGUCCACUGGGGAGACAACUCUGUUCAGCCAGCACAAAUAAGCCAGUGCUGACUUUAUUCACCAAGAAACCAUGCCCUCUAUGUGAUGAAGCAAAAGAGGUGCUUGAGCCAUAUAAGAGAAGGUUUAUCUUGCAAGAAGUGGAUAUUACCCUUCCAGAGAACUCAGCAUGGUUUGAUGAAUAUAAAUACGACAUACCUGUUUUUCAUUUAAAUGGGAAGUUCCUGAUGAAGCAUCAAGUAGACAUUCAAAAGUUUGAGGACCAGCUUAUGAAGCUGGAGUUGCAAAAUGAUGGAAACCAGUGAAGAAAAUUCAGCUGCUCUGGUGUGUAUCUGAAAGGACUGUGCAAACAUAAAUUGUGUGAAAAAGCAGUAUUUGUUAUAUGGCCUUACAUUUCUUAGAACAUAUAGUACCAGUGUAAUAAAAAACUUGAGUGACUUGUAUUCUAUUUUGUAUUAAUCAUCCAGCCCAGCUGUACCUGUAGCAAUAUCUUCUGUUCCAUUCAUUUGCUGCUAUCCUAGGCUGGCUUUUUAUUGACAGAAUAAAUGCUGCUCCAUCACGGCAGAUAAAGUGAAA